AUCCGCUCCGCGGCCCUCGGCCCCUCCCGGAGCGGCGGCGACAGGCGCAGGAACGCCCCGGACGCCGCCCAGGACACACAGCUGAGAUCAGAGGAUUUGAAUCGCGUCAUCACACUACUCAAAGGUUCGGGCUCAAAAGAUUUGGAAAAAGAGAAGCUGAAAAUUCUCAAGAAGGUAGUCAAGAAUUUUGAAAAUGGACUUCCCAUUAAGAAUGUAGCACAAAUUACUGAAAUUCUUAACCUGUGUGCAGAAAAAGUGAAUGAACAAGAAGCUUUCAUUGAGCCUUUAUGUGAACUUAUUAAAUUGUUUGGGUUGCCAUUUCAAAAAAAGAAAUCGUCUGAUGAAGUAAAUUAUUCCGCUGAAGUUGCACAGUCCAUUGCACAACUGGGUUACUUGAUGAGAGUGCCAAGCUCUCAAGUUAAAAUACAAAUCUGUAAGAGUAUUGUUAACUUUUAUAAUACGGAGCUACCAGGAAAACUACUUCCAGGUCACCAGCCAACAAAUGCAAACUAUAAAAUCCAGAUGGCUGAAGGAGGAUUAGUAGAAGCUCUUGUUUUGUCACUACCAUUAGUUGAAAAUCAACUUACUGAGAAGUUGUGGGUACUUAAAGCUCUCCAGCAUCUUUCCACCUCUGGAGUAAGUUGUGAACAAAUGGUGAAGACCCAAGCAGCCAGCAGGCUUUGUUUGUAUCUAAAUGGUGCUGAUCCUUCAGGACAGCUAGUGUUCCGUUCCUCAGAUAUCCUAUGGAACCUGCUAGAAAGCACGUCAAAAGAAGAAGUUACUAAUCAACUCAGGAGCUUGGAAUGUGUGCAUGCUUUGAAAGAAGUAUUUGCAGCCCUCCUCACAUGUGGCUUCCGGCACUGUGAUUAUCAGCUACGGAAUGACCUCUUGGUGAUUGCCACAUUACUAGCUAAAAAACCUGCAGUACAUAUGAUUGAAAGUGGAUUUGCAAGGCUCUUAAUAGUACUUGCAACAUUUACUGAAGUUAAACUUCCCAAUCCCUUCGUAAAAGGUUUUAAACUUACUUACUCAUAUGAGGAUUUUGAGAUGAAGAAGUUACUAUUUAAUAUAAUAGGAAUUUUAUCUAAAGAUCCGUCUGCUGCACAGCUCCUCAGUGAAAAUCAUGUGAUGCCAGCUUUGCUUUAUUAUGUAAAAAAAAAUGAAAAGCCUGGAUUUCAUGACUGGUCUGCUUCCCAAUAUGAAGAAUUACAGCUUCAUGCAAUUGCUGUUUUAGCUUCAGUGGCUCCUGUGUUAGUAGAUAAAUAUUUGUCCUGCCGAGCGAAUACUCUUCUCCUUGUGUUUCUAGAAUGGUGUCUAGGCCAAGAUCAUUUCUAUGGUCAAGGUAACAGUUUCCAUGGAACAGAUGGUCGUGGCAACAAACUUGCACAAAUGCGCUACAGCAUCCGAGUGCUGAGAUCUGUUGUGGCCCUUUAUGAUGAUGCUGUGAGCACUGAUUUGUAUGACCAGGGAGCAAUUAGCCAGCUACUGGACAUCUUAAAGUAUGCAGCAGACAAAUCUAAAGAAAAAGAAGGUACCGUUCUACUGGAAAUCCAAGCUGACAUAUUAUUUAUUUUGUCUGUUCUCUGUGAAAAUGAUGUCCACAGAAAGGAACUCUUCAGCUGUGAAGGAAUUGAUAGACUUAUCCCAUUCUUUAAGAUGGAUCCAAGGAAGUUAUGUAUUGGAUUAGGCUACAAUUGUCUUCUCCUCAGUGCCCUCGACUGCUUGUGGUCCUGUGUCAUUGGAUGUUCCGUUGCAGAGGACUGUUUUAUUGAAAAACAAGGCAUUUUCCUCCUUCUGGAUUUGUUGGCAUCAAAGGAACAGAACCUGUGCAAUAUAAUUCUUGGAAUCUUGGUUGAAUUUUCUGACAACCCUAAAACCACUUUGCACAUGCGUGUCUGGCGAGGGAAGAGAGAUCAAACAGCAGCCCACCUUCUAAUACAGUUAUGGAGACAGGAGGAGUUGGAUUUGGGAGUCAAACGUGAUCAGUAUGGAAAGAUUAUUGACACUAAGAGACCUCUUGCUACCAGCUUCCAGAAACAGCAAAAGGUCAUACCAGUGCCUGCCAGCUGUCCCAGUUUUGCCAUCAUGGAAAUUUCAGAGAACAUAAGGGCAAAAAUUUAUUCAUUAUUUUGCAAGCUAGGUUUUGAAAAUUUACCUGGCUUAUCUACUAAGGAUUUUGUUACACUUGCUAUUAUACAACAUUAUCUUGACUUUAAAAUUGGAGAGGUUUGGAGUGAAAUACGUAAAGAACUAAAAGAAGAAUUCAGGCCUGUUACACCUGACAUGACAAUCUUGAAAUUCACUUCAGAGGCAUCAGAAACUACUGGGGAAAGGGUUGCUGUUCUGCAGCAUGAAAUACUUGAAAAACAACACCAUGACGAAAUACAGGAAGAGAAAAAAAUUUACAAAGAAAUCAAAGAUGCCCAUAUACAGAGAGAAGUGAUAAAGGAAUCCUGGGAAAAUUUCUUGACUCGGACAUCAAACUAUGAGGCAUUGAAGAAAGCAAAAAGGCUCCAGGAAACAUUAAUAGAGACUUCCAGAUUGAAAGCAAAGAUUCAAAAUGGACCAGACUAUUCUACUGAUAUUAAAAACCUCCAUAUAACAGUUGGACCUGGUCGCUUUGUAACUGUGCAAAGAGCUCCUCGUCAGCACGGUGGAGGGCCACUGGCUGAUACAGACCAUGCUUGUAGAAAGUCCUCUGUUUGUAAAGGAGCCUUAAAAAAGAUCAAAAGAGAUAAAACAUUGGACUCGGUAAAGAAAAAAUCAGUAUCUGUAGAAUAG